CUGGGUAUUACUGCCAAUACUGGAACCCAUAUUACUCGCAAUGUAUCCCGGGUGAACCACCUCAGCCUACGACGACCACCUCCGCCGGCCCCGGGCCCACGACCUCCCCCGAGGUUUGCGGCGGCAAAGCCUUCGACUUCAUCUCGGCCGAGGACUACGUCGCGGGCAUGAACCCUGCCUGGAACCUGGGCAACACGCUCGACGCCGUCCCUUACGAGGGCAUGUGGAACAAUCCCCCUGUGGAGGACCAUGUGUUCGACUAUGUGGUUGAGCGGGGGUUCAAGGGCGUUCGCAUUCCGGUGACCUGGACGAACCUCCACUCCAGCGGUGCCCCCGACUGGACCCUCGACCCCUCCUGGCUCCAGCGCGUAGCCGACGUCGUUGACAUGGCUCUGGCGCGGGACCUUUACGUUACUGUCAACGUACACCACGACUCGUGGGAAUGGGCCGACGUCACCUUGCCCAACGCCAACAUCACACAAAUCCAGGACCGGUUCCGCGCCAUCUGGGAACAGGUCGGCACGAAGCUCGGCUGCGUUUCGUCCCUCGUGUCGUUCGAGUCCAUCAACGAGCCCCCUGCCGACACGGAGGCCGAGGCGCAGCUGAUCAACGAGUUCAACGAGAUCUUCGUCGAGGCCGUCACCGAGGCGGGCGGUUUCAACACGCAGCGUGUCCUUCAGCUCACCGGGCCCGUGAGUGAUGCGGCCAAGACGGCGGAGUGGUUUGUGCCGCCUGCGAAUAUUCAGCAGCCGUGGGCGCUCCAGUACCACUACUACUCUCCUUACGACUUCAUCUUCGGCGCCUGGGGCAAAACCACGUGGGGCUCCGCCGAAGACUACGCCACCCUAACCGAAGAGCUCUCCCUCGUCCGCCGAGCCUUCCCGGACAUCCCCCUCAUCCUGGGCGAAUACGACGCCAGCCACCUCAACACCGAGCCCGCGGCCCGGUGGAAGUGGUUCGACCAAGUCGCCCGCGUCUCGACCCAGCACGGCGUGGCCCUCGUGGUCUGGGACAACGGGCUGGACCACCUCGACCGCAACACGGGGGUGUGGCGCGACCCGGUGGCGCUGGACAUCGUGGAGGCCGUGCUGCGCGGGGAGAACAACUCGCUCCCGGACGCGACCACGGACCAUGGCGACCUGGAGCAGUGGAGUUCCGCGUUCGUGUGGAACCGCGCCGGCGAGACGGUCGGCGAUGCGGAGCUCCCGUGGCUUUUCCACGGAAACUCGCUCGUCGGCGUGAGGACGCAGACGGGGGCUAGUCUCGUGCAGGGCGCGGACUACACUGUUUCGUCGUCGGCGGUGACGUUUAGGGCGUCGUUUCUGUCGAGGUUCCUGGGUCCGGAUGUCGAGCCCGGGAGCAAGGCGAACUUGACGCUCACUUUCUCGUCUGGCGCGCCGUCUGUCGUGGAGGUGAUCCAGUGGGACACGCCCGAGUUCCUGGCGCAGCCUUCGCCGGCGCUGGGCCAGGAUCUGAACAUCCCCGUUCAGUACAAGGGGUGGAGCAUGGUUGCUGCGGUGCGAGCCGUUGCGGAGGAUGGGACGUUCUUGUUUGAUGACUGGACGCAGUGGCUGCCUCCCCUGCAACAAGGCCGGAUUACGUUCAACGGCCAGUAUUUCUUCGACGGAGAGCAAGUCGUCAUUCGGUCUGCAUCCCUGGACGCUGUGGCGAGCCUCGGCCAGCCUGUCGACUUUGAAUUCGAGUUUUACCCUCGCGUGCCUGGGAACUCGAUCACUUUUACCGUUGAUCCGGCGGACUUUUGAGGGGCGGGCAUUGAAGGGCGGGCAUUUGAAGGGACUCGAGGAGGUUUUCGCGUAUCGCAUUUCUCGUAGACGGAUCAGGCCACUUCCAUACGGUGCGCUGUAUUUCGAGUGAAUCUAGAGUAUCCCUUCAGGGACUAGUCGAGUUCUCACUCCCACUCGUCUACCAAGAGGAUACAGAUCCCCUGAGAUGUGGCAGUCCACAGCUGAAUGAUAUUGGGAGACCUAAGGUACACGUACUUGACAUGGUGGUGGACUGCGGCCCGGCAGGCGAUCUGAUUGGAUCGGUACGGGGCCGGUCUCGGGGUGGGGCUGAACUCGGAGCCGAGGCCGAGAAGCAGCCGGAACAGACACCAACCACGGAGAAGGUCGGUCGCCUUGAGGUCAAAACCUUCCACUACACUACUCUGCC